CGACUACGACCCUAUUCCCUUCCCCCGUUUAAAACCCUCGCCUCCUCGCCGGCCCGAGCGGCGGCGACUGCAGUACGAGUGGCUCAAUGGCUGCCUCCAUCUCCCUUACACAGUCAUUUCGCCUUCGCGAUCCCCUCGUCGCCGCUCACCCCUUCCGCCUCGCCUCGCCGUUCCGAUUUGGAAGGUCCUUCCCCCUCUCCCGAAACCUUAGUUCUCGCUCGCCCUCGGCCUCCAUGAGUGUCCAGGCCCCCAAGAAAUCCCCCGAUGUCGAGUUCCUCGAUCGUAGGGAGUCUGGCAUCCUUCAUUUCGUCAAGUACCAAGGCCUCGGCAACGAUUUCAUUUUGGUGGACAAUAGGAAUUCUUCCGAGCCUAAGGUGACGCCGGAGCAGGCCGUGAAGCUGUGCGAUCGGAAUAUUGGCGUUGGUGCUGAUGGCGUCAUCUUCGUGUUGCCAGGGGUCAGUGAUACUGAUUACACCAUGAGGAUCUUUAAUUCGGACGGCAGCGAACCGGAGAUGUGCGGGAAUGGAAUUCGUUGCCUGGCUCGAUUCAUUACUGAGCUUGAAAACCUACAUGGGAUGCAAAGUUUUAGGAUUCACACUGGUGCUGGUUUAAUAGUUCCUGAAAUCCAAAGUGAUGGAAAGGUAAAGGUAGAUAUGGGUCAGCCUAUCCUUCAUGCACCAGACAUUCCUACUACGAUUCCAGCAAACAAGGAUGGGUCUGUCAUUAAAGCUGAACUUGUGGUCGAUGGCAUAUCAUGGAACGUGACAUGUGUUAGCAUGGGCAAUCCACAUUGUGUAACUUUUGGUUCAAAAAAAUGCGAGGCUCUGCAUGUGGAUGACAUAAAAUUGGAAGAUAUUGGUCCAAAGUUUGAGCACCAUGAAAUGUUCCCUUCUCGAACUAAUACAGAAUUUGUGCAAGUCAUUUCUCGUUCACACCUAAAAAUGCGAGUGUGGGAGCGUGGUGCAGGAGCAACUCUAGCCUGUGGCACUGGAGCUUGUGCAGUUGUUGUUGCAGCAGUUCUUGAAGGUCACACCGAAAGGCACUGCAUCGUUGAAUUGCCGGGUGGGCCAUUAGAGAUCGAAUGGAGGGAGGAGGACAACCAUGUCUACAUGACAGGUCCUGCAGAGGUAGUGUUUUACGGAUAUGUUCCCCUCUGAAGAGAUUACGAAUGAUUCCUUUGAAGAAUACUUGUGGUUUUAUUUGGAUCAUUGACUCUAUUUUCAUGAACUGUGGAGAUGUUUCCUUGAAUUUACACGUGCAACUAAUAUAUAUAAUUCAAGAAGCACACUUGAUUGUUA